GUGCAGGGAGGAUGUUUCUGCUGAGACCAACAUGAAGCUUCCAGAGCUGCUCGUCGUGGUUUUCCUCCUCUUUGCUGGUAGAGAUGGUUUUGGGAAGUCUCAUCCCAAACCAGCCUGUCGGUAUCCUCCUUCUCAGUGGUGCCAUUCUCUGCAGAUAGCCAUAGAAUGCAAGGUCCAGAAGCAGUGCAUGGAGCUUAAUGCCAUCAGGCCAAACCAGAUGGUUCCCCGGGUGUCUGUCACUUUGUACUACGAGAGUUUGUGUCCAGAUAGCAGAUAUUUCAUCACCCAGCAGCUGUUCCCCACCUGGAUGAUGCUGCAGGACAUCAUGUCCAUCACCCUGGUGCCCUACGGGAACGCUAACGAAAUUUCAUCAGAAACUUCUCCCUUCACCUGUCAGCACGGAGCACCUGAAUGCAGAGCCAACAUGAUUGAGGCCUGUGUCAUCCAUUUAACUGGGAACGCGCUCGCACUCCAGAUCAUCUACUGCAUGGAGUCCUCUGCAGAUGUCCUCAGCGCUACACAGCCAUGUCUCCAGCUGUACGCUCCCUCUGUGUCCUGGUCCAGCGUUGACUCUUGUGUGAACGGACGUCUGGGGUACCAGCUGAUGCACGGCUACGCCGCCAUAACCAGAGCUCUGACUCCUGGCCACACACACGUCCCCUGGCUCACUUUCAACGGGGAAUACACAGAAGAGAAUGAAGACAAGGCAACCUCGUCACUCUUUCUUUUGGUCUGUGAGCUCUACAGGGGCCUGAAACCUCCGGCCUGCACCGGAGCUCCAGUCAAACUGAGCAGAAGCUUCUGCUGA